AUGAGUGAUGACUUAUCCACAAAAGAACUUUUAGAAUCAGAAAGGCAGUUUUUUAAUUUAGUUCAAAAAGAAUCUUUUACUGAAGAAUACUCAUCUGGAUUGAAAUCUAUUUCUCAUUUCAAAGAUCUUUCAGGAACAAUGCAUGUUAAAACAAAACUGACAGAAAGAAAAGAUUGCGAAAACUUUAAAACACCCAUUUUAUUAUCGAAUAAACACAAAUGGGUUGAGCUAUACAUCCAACAACGGCAUUUAGAAUUACUCCAUUGUGGGUUGAACACUCUAUUGAUGGAAUUAAGAGAAAACUUCUGGAUCAUAAAUGAUGGAAAAAAAAAAACUGUCAGAAAAGUAACUGAAAAAUGUAUCAGAUGCAGAAGACACACCGCUAAGACAAUGAAGACAAUUCCUGUUGCAUUGUCAGAAGAUCGAAUCAGGGAUGCAUCAGUGUUCGAAAUUUGCGAUAUUGAUCUUGCCGGUCCACCUGUUCUGAAGGAAAGAGUCAAGAACUGGAUUCUUUUAUAUACCUGUGCGGUAGCUGUUCAUUUGGAACUUGUGGAGUCUGUCAACUAA